AGGGGCGGGACGGGGCUGCGGGAGGGACGGGGCUGCGGGAGGGGCGGGACGGGCCUGCCGUGACUGCGGCCGCUGGUGCCGGGGCUGCUUUUCCGUCCUGGUGCCGCUAUCCUCACCGUGCUCCCCUCUGCCCUCAGGGCCGCUAUCCUCAUUGAGCCCCCCUCUGCCCUCAGUUUCGCUAUCCUCCCCGUGCCCGCUUCUUCCCUCAGUGCCGCUAUCCUCACCGUGCUCCCCUCUGCCCUCAGUGCCGCUAUCCUCACCGUGCCCGCCUUUUCCCCCGGUGCCACCAUGCCGGGCCCACCCUGCGGGUCCCUGCUCGACUACAAGACUGCCAAGUUCUCUGUGACGCGGAACCGGCGGGUGGGGCUGUUGCACCGGCUGCUGCAGCUGAGCGCGCUCGGCUAUCUGCUGGGGUGGGUGCUGCUGCUGCGGAAGGGGUACCAGGAGCGCGACACAGCCCCGCGUGUCGCCGUGGUCACCAAGGUGAAGGGGGCGGCCGUCGCCGAGGCCGCGGGCCGGCGGCUCUGGGACGCUGCGGAUCUCACCUGGCCCCCGCAGGGAGAAAAUGUGCUUUUCCUGGUGACCCAUUUCAUCGCCACAGUCCAGCAAGCCCAAGGCACCUGCCCUGAGAGUCCCUCUGUCCUCGACGGGAUGUGCAAAGAAGAUGCAGAUUGUCCCAUGGGAAACCCUGUGGUUCAUGGCAAUGGGAUAAAAACUGGGAAAUGUUUGAUGUUCAAUGCCACCCAUUCCACCUGUGAGAUCUAUGGCUGGUGUCCUGUGGAGAAUAGCACCCUGCCCAGGAAACCUCUUCUGGCUGAGGCAGAGAAUUUCACUCUUUUUAUAAAAAAUACUGUCCACUUCACCAAAUUUAACUUCUCCAAGUGCAACACUUUACAAACCAGUGACCCCAGCUAUUUCAAGAGCUGCACAUAUGAUCCAGUCUUCAACCCCUCCUGCCCUGUGUUCCGUGUCCGUGACAUGGUGGAGGCAGCUGGACAGAACUUUGCAGACCUCAUGCUGCUGGGGGGAAGCAUCAGAGUUCUUAUUGAGUGGAACUGCGACCUGGACCACCCCGCUACCCAGUGCCAACCACAGUAUUCCUUCAGCCUGCAGGACAUGAGGUACAAUUUCAGAACAGCCUCCUACUACUGGGGCUCGCAGCGGCAGCUCUACCGGAACCUGCUGAAGCUCUACGGGAUCCGCUUUGACCUCUCUGUGCACGGCCAGGUACCGGGAGCUCUCCGCCCCAGGGCUGACUCCUCACACCACGGCUCCCACCCUGCCCCCGUGGUUUCUGCUGCCCUCACUUCUCCCCACCUGGGUGAACUCUUCACUUCUUCCCAGAGUUCUCUAAGCAGAGCAGGAGAAAACAGUCUCUCCUGUUUGAAGAAAAACCUUUUGGUAAUGCCCUGAGGAGGGGGAGUUCCCUCUCUGAGGGUCUGACAUGGGGGCCAUGGAGUGCUCAGUAGGCAAGGUGAACUGGGAUUCACGGUGUCCCUCUGACAGUCUUUUGGUGGGAACACCCUGACAAAGAUCAACGUGAACUCUGCUGAACCUGGACAAUUAAUCCCUUCUUGAUUAAAAGUACCCUCGGGGGGAAAAGGUGUGGUGUGAUUGAGGCUGGAUAUGCCCCAGCCAUGUGCACUGAGAGCCUGGAAACUCCCUGUGCCCUGCACUCCUCCUCAGCACUGUGGGCAGGAGGUAAAGGGGGAUUCUACUUCUCUGCCCUGCUCAAGUGCAGUGCUGCACCUGCUCUGGUGUCCCCAACAAAAGGAUUUGGAGCUGCUGGAGUGAGCCCAGAGGAGGCCAUGGAGCUGCUCCAGGGCUGGAGCCCCUCUGCUCUGGAGCCAGGCUGGGAGAGCUGGGGGUGCUCACCUGGAGAGGAGAAGGCUCCAGGGAGAGCUCAGAGCCCCUUGCAGGGCCUGAAGGGGCUCCAGGAGAGCUGGAGAGGGACUGAGGACAAGGAAUGGAGGGACAGGGCAUAGGGAAUGGCUUCUCAGGGAUAGUUGGGAUAUUGGGAAGAAAUCCUUCCCUGUGAGGGUGAUGAUGCCCUGGCACAGGUUGCCCGCAGAAGCUGUGGCUGUCCCUGGAUCCCUGGAAAUGUCCAAGACCAGGUAGGAUGGGGCUUGGAGUACCCUGGGGUAGUGGAAGGUGUCCCUGCCCAUGGCAGGGGGUGGAAUGAGAUGAGCUUUAAGGUCUCUUCCAACCCAAAUUAUUCCAUGUUUCCAAGAUUGUUGAUGCUACUCUGUGCAGCAUCACUUACAAACUCGGUGCUUAGCUUUCCAAAGAGGGAGCUGUGCUGAGAGCACUGCCCACACUGAGAGAUGUCCACAGCUGGUCUUUCAUGUUCAGCAGUGCCCUUUGUACCUGAAGAAGGUGAAGCACACAGUGCAGGACAGGGUGUACCACUUCUAGGCUGAGAGAGCAGGUCCAGGAGCUGUGGAGCAGGAGAGAACAGCCAGAGGAGAAAUCACCAGACUGCUUUGUGAAGGGAGGGAAACAUCACAUCAGGGUUGUGUUUGCUGGGAUGUGGUUCCAUAGGUGGCAGCUGCAGCAAAGGAAAGUUCAUGCUGUGCCUGCAGGAGCAGGUGGGUCACAGUAACCUCUGCUGCUUCCAGGUCAUCAGGCACCUCAGUCCCUUCUUUGACUACCAAAGGGGGUUGGAGUCAGUACAACAGCAUUUCCUACAAAUCAGCAUGGGGAAAUAUCCCUGGAUCCUUCCAGCACCUCCUGACUUUGAGCAUGCUGCCCCGCAAGCUUCUCACCCUCUGACCACUCUUCAUACUUUCUCUUACCCCUGCACUGUUUCUCACCAGGCUGGGAAGUUCAGCAUUAUUCCUACUGCUGUGAGCUGUGGCACCAGCAUCGCCUUCUUUGGUGCUGUGAGUACUCCAGAUACACUCUUCUCCUUUGGUCCAUGCCUUGGGAAUUGCCACUUCUU